UCGCUCAGCACCGACACGUCGAAGAGCUGCCAAAUUUGGGAUUCCGUAGGAUACACAAGAGGACAUCUCAAAUAAAAGGAAAGGCCUACUCAACGAACGGAACCGGUGCGAGAGAGAACCAUUUCCUAUCCUGGCUGGCUCAUCACAAACUCAACGAAAUGUACUCGACAAGGAAGAAAUACUUUCCGGAAUCGCCGGAGACUGACGUUGGCGAACAAGCCACGUAAAGAACACAUGAAAGAAAGCCUAUGAAGCAGGCUAAAGAGGGUUCGAUAACACGAAUGUUUCAAAGCUAUGCCGUCCGCAACUUGGCUCGUGGGCUAACGCGCAGACAUACACGCCCCGUUAUUCUCGUAUCGUCCUUGCACUAGAUAACACCCGGGGACGUAAGGACGUUAUGUCUUACCCUGUACCGCAGUCCACAACACACGCCGGUAGCCGUCCAGCCAUCUUUCCCCGACUUCGCGGUGUACAGAAAGGCUAAAAUGGUGUCAGCAGAAGAACCCGACCGGCGAGCUGUCCACAGGCGGAACCCUGAGCCCGCACAGUGGCGUUUCCGCUUCCCACUUCCGUACUCGGCUUCUGGUCGGCAGGGAGAGGCAAGAUGGCGGAGGCGCGCUUGUCUUGCUGUCAAUCACCGCCAGGAGACAGCGUCCCUUUUGAAUUCACAACUUUAUAUUUUUGGAAACAAUGUCUUGGUCGUUUCUUGGUCACCUACAACAUCACGGCUGCCCCGUAGAGUGAUUGUGCUGCGAGGUGCCACUAAACAGCGGCUUCGGCAGAAUGAAGUGGCACAGCGGGCACAUACCCUCCACAAUCAAAUCGAUUCCCGCACAGUCCAUGUCGGUCGGCCGGUUGGCCUCCUCACCAGAUGGUGGCAGUACUGGUCUUCCGUCGUCAAGCCAAACGAACGAAGAAGCGGAACGUCAUCGGUCUGUGGGGAAGCGGACGCCACAGUUUCCUAAAUAACGACAAGAUAUGGCACAUUUUCGUGGUCAGAUUCGGGGGCCGCACUGGGGCGCUAAAAGGGAUAACAUACUCAUCGAUUUCUGGAAAAGGCACGAAUGUUUGUUUAAUUCCUCGCUGGAGUCUUUCUACGACAGGGAUAUGAAGACAAAGCUGUGGUCCGAGUGCGCCUUGUUGAUCGGGAAAUCUGUCUGCGAUGUUGUCAGAAGAUCAAGGUCUCUGCGGACUCAAUAUGGAAGGGUGUUGUGGCACCCAGAGAGGGUCAACACUUUUCAGCAAAGGAUGCUGAGAGAGAAACUGGAUUUCCUGAGACCUUACAUUGUUCGCAGACGCGGCGAUUCCUAUCCGGAGGAUAAGUCCGAUGAUCACGAGGACGAAGAGGGAGCGCUUGAGACUGAGGGGAGUAAUGAUCAUGAGACGGGUACAAGUACAUUUGGGAGCCCGUUGGACGAUGACGAGGCUGUGCAAGAUCCAAAUGAGGAAUUUCCAUCUGAGGCAUCCACCUCAAACCCUCCUUCCUACUGUGCAAAUGCACAAGCUCGUCACGCAGAGACCAUGUCCUUGAGCUUUGAACCUCACCACGACAAAGACUCACCUGAUGGUCACGAUCAAUUGGCGGCAGCAAAUCUACCAAAUCAUGAUGUAUUAAGCCAGUUUGUAAAUGUCAUGCUGGCAGAUAUGCGUCAGAUUAAAGACAGCAUGGUACUUAUCCGACUUCGCCGCGACAUCACCGACCUGGUGUUCAAAGCGGUGGAGGAGGACAUGCAGAGGCGUAUUCCGGUUCCCUUGACGCACCAAGGAGAAAACGCACAGCUCCCGAGCUCCUCGAGGCCUCAAACAUGCUUGCAGAGGGUUUUGAAGAGAAAGAGCAGGGGACCUGUAAAGCACAUGAGGAGGAUUUGCAGGACCCAAGCAGGUCAAACACUUGAAGACAUGAAUGGAAAUAUCCCUCAGGCUAUGAUUCAUGCUUCUGAGAUCAAAUUAGAAAUAGAUCCGCGCACGGUCAAGACAGAGGAUGAGACACUUGCUGUUCUGUGACAGUUCUGUCGGCGUGCUUGGAUCACUGUUAUUAAACAAAUCAUGUCAAAGAAUGUGCAUAAUGCUGACCGGAAUCUGUCACGACAUGUCACUAUGUGUUGGAAAAAAAUGGAACUCUUCUCAGAAAUGAUCUUGAUUGUGAUAACUUGAUAUUGAUGCACCUAUAUUGUUAGAAGACAUGCCACCGUGUGGCCAAACGAGGUUAUCAGACCAUUUGUAGACAUGAGAAGCGGCUCUCAAAAGUCCCAUCUGUCGUUGGAAGCCAUACAUCUCAACAAUUCAGCACUAUCAUUGUUCUGUCUUUGCCUAUGUUUUCAGCACUUAUCCAUCCAUCCAUCCGUUUUCCAUACCGCUUAUCCUCACGAGGGACACGAAGUUCACUGUGGCUGAGCUCCAAAGAUGCAGUCGGGAGACGGGAGAAAGUUCUAGAAAGCCAACCAUCACUGCAGCCCUCCACCAGUCGGGGCUUUGUGGCAGAGUGGCCCGACGGAAGGAAGCCUCUCCUCAGUGCGAGACGCGUGAAAGCCCGCGUGGAGUUUGCUAAAAACACCUGAAGGACUCCAAGAUGGUGAGAAAUAAGAUUCUCUGGUCUGAUGAGACCAAGAUAGAAAUUGUUGGCCUUAAUUCGAAGUGGCAUGUGUGGAGAAAACCGGGCACUGCUCAUCACCUGUCCAAUACAGUCCCAGCAGUGAAGCACGGUGGUGGCAGCAGCAUGCUGCGGGGGUGUUUUGCAGCUGCAGGGACAGGACGACCGGUGGCAAUCGAAGAAAAAGACGAAUGCCGCCAAGUACGGGGAUAUCCUGGACCGAAAACCUUCUCCAGAGUGCUCAGGAUCUCAGACUGGGCCAAAGGUUCAACUUCCGACAAGACAGUGACCCUCAGAUCUGCGGAGGGAUGGGAGAUCUCCACAACCAGAAAAACAUGUUGCAUCAUUCCCAAAAAGACUCAUGGCUGUAUCAGCUCAAAAGGGGGCGUCGACUAAGUGCUGAGCAAAGGCUCUGAAUACUUAUUUAUGGCUGUGUGAUAUUUCAGUUAUUCUUUUAUAAUACAUAUGCAAAAAUUGCAACAAUUCAGUUUUUUUCCCUGCCAGUAUGGGGUCUGGCGGCACGGGGUUAGACUGGUUCUGAGGACCCGGGUUCAAACCCCGGCCCCGCCUGUGUGGAGUUUGCAUGUUCUCCCCGUGCCUGCGUGGGUUUUCUCCGGGCACUCCGGUUUCCUCCCACAUCCCCAAAACAUGCAUGCUAGGUUAAUGGAAGACUCUAAAUUGCCCAUAGGUAUGAAUUUGAGUGUGAAUGGUUGUUUGUUUCUAUGUGCCCUGUGAUUGGCUGGCGACCGGUUCUGGGCGUACCCCGCCUCUCGCCCGGAGAUAGCUGGGAUCGACUUCAGCACGCCCGCGACCCUUGUGGGGAGAAGCGGAAUGGAAGAUGAAUUCAUUAAUGUGUGUACAUUCAUGAGGGGGGGGGGAAAUGAACUUUAAUGAUUUUAGCCAAUGGCUGCAAUAUAACAAAGAGUGAAACAUUUCAGGGGGUCUGAAUACUUUCCAUACCCACUGUCGAUGAUACUAUGAAUGUCACCUGUCCGUAAUCACAUUUAACCUGUGUAAACUGCGCUAUUUUAGAUAAAGUACUCAAUGGUAAAGAUCAUAUAGAUUUUUUAUAUGUUGUUGAUUCUUUCAAGGUUGUAUUAAGUCUUUUUUUUUUCAUUUUACAGCUCGUUUCAAAAAUAUCUUUUCAAGACUUUGCUGAUUGUAAACAGAAACACGGACACAUGAACAGGAUUGACAUUUGACUGUCGAUACUGUACCUAACACAGUGUAUUUAAUUGUGUACUGUGGUGGUUUUCAAAUUAGCACCACAAAUACAGUGGCCAACAUUUAUCUCAGGUUGAAAUAGCUGAAAACAAUAUAAUCCAUAUUCUGUAUAUAUUCUGAGCAGAGGCAAUGCAACACUUUUUUUUUUCAUUCCAACUUUUUGAGCUGAACUCAAAGAACUAUGUGCAAAAAGGUCGAUUUUUCCUCAAACAUUGUUUGAGGACAAAUCUGUCUAAAUCAGUGUUAGCGUGCCCUUCUCCUAUGCCGAGCUAAUCCAUCCACCUCAGGUGUGGCAUUUUGAAACGCUGAUUAGACAGCGUGAUUAUUGCGCAGGUGUCUCUUAGGCCGCCCACAAUCAAAGGCCACUCUAAAAUGUGCCCUUUUGUGACUGCACGAUGCCGCAGACGGCUCAAGUUUUGAGGGGGCAUCCAAUUGGUCCUUUAUUGCGGGGCAGCUUAAGGCACACCUGUGCAAUAAUCACACUGUCUGAUUGACGUCUUGAUAUGCCACAUCACCUUGGCAAACUAACAGCUUGAGACUGAGUUGUAAACAAUAUUUUGGAGAAAUGGGCCUUUUGUGGACAUAGAAUUCUUAGAAAUGUUUCACCUUGUGAAAAAUUAAAAAAAAAAAACAUUUGAUGUUCAUCAUCAACUGUAUUAUUGUU